CAGAGAUUUUCUGUUGGAUGGUAAAAGCAAGGAAUAAAAAUUGAAAAUUUGGAAAAUGUCUCAACACUUUUAUCACCAGAACCACACAAGAGUCAUUUCUAGCUCACCGUUAGAGAACGUGUCGCUGCUGUUCUAUGAGACGUUAUGGAAAUUUCAGAGGAAAGAUACUCAGUGUCAGGCAUUUGUGAAGAGAGUUAUAAUGAGUCGUCUCUUUAAGAUAAUUAUGAUUAGCACCGUCUCAACGAAUGCCUUUUUUAUGGUCUUGUGGACUGAUUAUAAAACAAGAUACAACUUGUUCAGACUUUUUGAGGUCUCAGAGCUCAUCUUUGUGUCCAUCUAUAGCUCCGAGUUCUGCAUGAAGCUCUACGUGGACCCCAUCAACUACUGGAAGGAUGGCUACAACCUGCUAGAUGUGAUCAUUAUCAUCAUCAUCUUCAUCCCCUACAGUCUCCGCAAGAUCAAGGGCAAGCACUACCCCUACCUCAACAUCGCCGAUGGCGUACAGUCCCUGCGCAUUCUCAAGCUUGUCACCUAUAGCCGCGGCAUCCGGACGCUCAUCACCGCUGUGGGGCAGACAGCCUACACCGUGGCCUCUGUGCUCAUCCUGCUCUUCGUCCUGAUGUACAUCUUCGCUGUCCUGGGCUUCUGCCUAUUUGGAGUUCCAGAGAGGGCUGACCUGAAUAACUGGGGGAACCUGGCUAUGGCCUUCUUUACCCUCUUCAGCUUGGCCACGGUCGAUGGCUGGACAGACCUGCAGCAGCAGCUGGAUGCCCGGAAUUUUAUUCUGAGCCGUUCGUUCACCAUCAUCUUCAUCUUGCUUGCCUCCUUCGUCUUCCUUAGCAUGUUCGUGGGUGUGAUGAUCAUUCACACUCAGGACUCUGUCAAAAAGUUUGAGCGGGAGCUGAUGCUAGAGAGACACAUGACACUCAUGGAAGAGAAGCAUGUGAUUUUGAAGCGGCAACAGGAGGAGGUCAGCAAGCUGAUGCAGACACAGAAGAACGUUGACCACAAAAGUUUCACUGAGCUGGUGGAGAAGUUUAAGAAGACCCUGCGGCACACUGACCCCAUGGUCUUGGAUGAUUUUGGCACGAGCCUACCCUUCAUUGAUGUCUACUUGUCCACUCUGGACAACCAGGAUGCUACCAUCUACAAGCUUCAGGAGCUGUACUACGAGAUCGUGCACGUGCUGAGCCUGAUGCUUGAAGACUUGCCCCAGAAGAAGCAGUCCCAGUCCUUGGAGAAGGUCGAGGAGAAGUAGCUGGAUGUGGGCACCCAGGCACUGAGGGCCUCGCAGGCUGUGACACCCUGUCCCGCCAAUUAAACACAGGUUUUCUGAGUUGGCCUCUUCACGGCUGCUGUGAUCAUGGCAUUUCUCCACCUUUGGGAACUGGGCCUGAGUAGAUGCCCAUGAAGUCUGAUUACCCCCUCACGUGACACAGCCAGACCUUGGAAGUAGGGAGUGGGGAGAGAGAGGCUCAAGGCCCACCCUGACCAGAAGACACACCUAGGGUCCACACUGGCUCUCUCCUCCU